AUGAAUUGCAUAGCGAAUGCAGCCGAGGUCGUCAGAUAUCCUCCAUGGCUAUCGGCAAUGUGCCUACAAAGCGGUCUUUCCGCAGCCACUGUGGUCGUCUCAAUCUUUUUUGCGCUCCGAUUGAAGGAAAAGACGAUGUUCAGCUUCUCCACGAUUUUUCUGCUCACACUAGCGACUUUCUUCGCAAAUUUGCAUGCGAUUGUAUUGUUGGGGAUUCAGUUGCACCACUUCGUACUCAGUGCAAUCUACACUAGUGCAUGUGAUCUGAGCCUGACGACACAUGCGUGCUAUGUUCCGAACUAUUUGAUCCUGUGCUGUAUACUCGGAAUGGUCGUGUGUCAAAAUGCAUUGUGGAUGGAUCGUUUAGCGGCAACGUUUCUUCCGAAGGUUUACUCAAAACAUUCCAAGCAGUUCGUGAUAGUGCUCGGCAUUCUAGUGAUUUUCAUCUCAUUUCUUGUGCCCUUUCUGCUGCUGCGCAAGGAUCCGUACGAUGACCGUGUGCUCACGUGUGUGAUUACCCCGAGGGGAAGUGCUGCAAAUGUUAAUGGACUCUUCACUUCUUUAAUCUGCCUAAAUUUCAUCGCAGUUUUCGUUAACAUUUGCCUGUUCGUCAUCAAUAAGCAGAGAGAAAAAAUGUUGCGGUUUAACGUCAGCGAUCGCUAUCAAGCGUACGAGAAUAUUACCGCAACUAAAUGGAUCGGAUUGAUUGCAUGUACGCAAUUUCUCGUCUUGACCACAUAUUCAGCAGCAAUGUAUUUUAUUAGGACCACCGAAGGUAUUUUUUCGGAUGUGCAGACGCAAAACUUGAGGAUAUGGUUCUUUCUGGUACCGUUAUCAACGUUUACACUGCCGCUCAUCUCGCUUUCUGCUUUUCGACACAUCUCCCAGAGGCGGCAUUCAUCAAUAGUCCGAUUAACUCAUGAAAAAGUCGACCAGUCUGCUUAUAUGACUGGCUUGAACCAAACAUGGAAUAAAAAAUGA